CGCGUUCUUCAGUCGUGCUUUGCGCGUCCAGCGAGCCGCACGCGAGUUGGGUUGUUCGCGCUUCUAUCCUCGAGAUUAGGCACGAUCGGUGACAAAUUGUGCGCGUUCUGUCAAAAUAGUGACUUUCACUUCAAUUCUAAGUAUUCAAAUUAAAUCAUCGCUUAUCAAUGAGACGUCGAUUUUGCUGCGAAACAUUUCUGAACUAAAAGCAGAAGAGGAGUGACGAAAGUGAUCGAGCAAUUGAAGAAUAUGUGACGGCAUAAAACGAAAGCAGCAUGUGCUAUAUUGUGAUAGUGACUGGUCGCAGUCUGCUGUGGACGCUCUUGUCUCUGGCAGCGUUGAUGGCGGUUUUAUCAGGCCUCAUGACUCCCAAAUGGCUCAUAGGACCACCGACGAUUAAGGAUACGAAAAACGGCACGGAAACGUACACGCCGACAGUUGGGAUCUUUAAUCGUUGCACGAGAUUGUUCGGCAGGACGCAUUGCGCGAAUUUUAACGUCGACGGUUUCGCGACGGACUCCAACGUCUUUCCGGGAUGCUGGAAGGCUUCCCUGUUCUUCCUGUCCGCGGGCCUGGCUGUGAUGUCGGUGACCAUAAUGGCUGCUGUACUGGGAUGCUGCGUACAGAGCAUUGGCCGUAAGAGCAUCUUCAAUCUGGCGGGAGUGGCGCAGGCCUUCGCCGGAAUACUGUACCUUUUCGGGAUGAUCCUGUAUCCCGCCGGUUGGGGUGCCGAGAGGGUGCAGAGGAUCUGCGGUCUUGAAGCUGACGCCUUUUAUCUUGCUAACUGCAGUCUUGGUGGGGCCUUUUAUAUCGCAGCGAUCGGUGUCGCUCUCACUUUCGUCUGCGCCGCUUUUAGCGGACAGGCGGAGAAGUCGACGGCCAGCGACAAGGUCCAGGACAAAAUGAACGAAGGAAAGACUCUAAUAUGCUUAGCCUGAGCGCGCAAAUAAAAUCAGCGAGGGGUCCGAUAUUUCGCCAACGGGUUCCUUCGGUAUAAAACGUCGAAAAGGAAUAUUUGGAAAAGAUCGGUGAAAUUUUUUAAAAUGUUCACCUCGUUGUGUUCACUACAUAACAGAACAAAGACAAUUUUUGUUGCAAACGAAAUUAUACGAUCUGCAUAAUUAAUCACGCAAGACUAGAAUGCAAUAGAUAUUAACAGAAUAUCAUAUAUGACCUAUACAUAUAUAGUGAUAAAGUAUUAAAUGUACUUACCGUCUUCCCACAAUUACUGCCGCAAUUUAUAGACGUUUGCAGUAUUUUUUUUUUUUUGCAGAAUUCCUAUUUUAUAUUUAAUAAAGUAAGCGAUUUUGUCAUAAAUGUUCGUCUUUGUUUGCUCGAUGUAAAGAGAAUAAAUGUAUUAUUGUAACGAAAGAUAACUUAAGUAUGAUUUCUUUUAUAAGUAUCUGCUUAACUAUAAUAAUUAUUACUAUAAUUUUUCAUGUUCUUCCUAAUAUCAACAAGUCUGGUUGUGAUAAAUAAUGGAAUUUAUUCAUUUCAUUAUUAUUUAUCAACAGAUUGUUUGAAAUUCGAUCGAACGUAUAAUUUAAAUAGAUACAUGUACAUAAAAAAUUAUCAGUUUACGUGUCAAUCGAUUAUAUACACAUGUAUAAAUAAUGAAGGCACCAAGGGAAUCAACAAUUAAUAAUGUACAUGAGCGAAUUUAUACAAAAAUUUCGAAAAAAAUAAGAUAUAAUUGACAAUGAUAGGAAAAUGUAACCGAAGCGAAUAACGAAAUCGCGAUAUAAUUAUAGCUCGUGUGUAACAACGCGCGAUGCGAUUAUUUACUUAAAAUAUGAGUGUUAUUUGGUUGAUUUAACGACUUGCCGUUAAAACCGCUGAUCAUUAAUCGCAGAAACGCUAGUCGCAUAAAUAACUAUGCAAACAGAGAUGUGUCGACGUGAUGUGAUGAGAGAGAUGCUCUUAUCGCGCAGGGGAAUGUUAAAUUCGGCGGAUCAUGGACAUCGAAGUGACGCGUUUCGAUCACAGUCGGAUAAUAAAGAUAUUAUUGACGCAUCUGCCAUA